CAUUUAUUUCUAAUUGUGUACAUCCUGAUAAAUGUCUAGAUUUAUGAUAUCCCUAGUGACUUGUGAUAAAGAUUAGAGUUUGCCGCCAUUUCUUUACCUUUAUGAUCGUACAUAUUAUUAAAUUAAUUAUCAAAUAUUUUCUUCGGGAAAUUAAAUUAUACGUAUCGCCUACCGAACAUUUUGCAGAAAUAUUCAAUUUCAUUUGAUCGGUAACAUUAUAAAUCAUUGAAUUUAUUGACCACAACACAAUGUGUUGAUAAAAAUUAUAUUUUAAACCGAAUCGCAAUAUUUAAAGUUAUAACGUUUUAUAUUUACUACUACAUUUAUAUACGUUUAUUUUAUAAGAAGAAUCUACGAAAUGGAUUACCCAGAUCCAGAUGAAGAAUAUGAGAUGAUGCAUGCCGAUGAGUUAGAAAUGAUGAACGAAAUGGACUUUGAGAAUGAUGUUCCAAAAAUACAUACACCAAAAGAUUCUAAGAGGAGUUUAAAUUUUUAUUCGCAAGAUAAUAUAGAAUUGGAAGGAAAUUUAAAUUCAUCCAGUGACCUUAAUGAUGUAUUACCUUUGUCUCAGACAUCAGUGGUUUCUUUAAAUCUGGAUGACAAUACUAAAAAUGAAGUACAACAAAAUUCUGUAGAUUCUCUUAACAAUAAAAGGCCAUUGGAUGAUAAAGAUUUAUUUGGAGAUGUUGAUGAUAUUGAUUUUGAAGAUGAAAUGUUUAAACCUGUAUCAAAGCGUCAAAAAUAUAUUGAGCCAUUAUCAGACAAAGAAACAAAACAGCUAAAUCUAAUUAAACAAAUUAUUGAUGAAAGAAAAAAAUUUAAAGCUGGAAAGAGAUCUAACUUUUUAUCAUCUGCUAUGUACCAUAGCACAAAUACUAAUCAAUCAUAUGAAAGUGUAUCAAGAAGAGUUCCAUCAUGGUCAUUUUUUCCUGCAACUGAUGAUGAAAAUCAAAGAGUAUACAUACGUUUUAAAUCCGAAGAUGCGGUACAAAAUGAAAUAUCAAGUUUAUCUUGGCAUACAAAAUCUGUACAAUUGCUUUCAGAACCUAUAGAUGAGUUGAUUGCUCGUGCUUAUGAAAAGAUUGAAAAUAAUAAGACUAUGCAAUCAGAAACAGAUACAAAUAGUAUAAAUGUCAUAGAAAAUGGAAUUGACAAUACUGUAGAAUUAUGGGUUCAGAAAUAUAAGCCUACAAGAUACUUAGAUUUAUUAAGUGAUGAAAGUACUAAUAGAGUUCUCUUGCACUGGCUUAAACUAUGGGAUAAAGUAGUAUUCAAUAAGGAAGUACAUAAAAAAAAAAAAAUUUCAAAUGAUGCCUAUGUCAAAUCAGCUGGAAAAUAUUUUUCUAAAAAACAUCAAAUCUUAGAUGAAGAAUUAGAUGAAAAUAAGUGUCCUAAAUAUAAAUUAGCUUUGCUAUGUGGACCACCUGGUCUUGGGAAAACUACUUUAGCUCAUUUAGUAGCACGACAAGCAGGCUAUAAUGUUGUUGAAAUAAAUGCUAGUGAUGAUCGUAGCCUUAACAGUUUUAAAGUACAGCUAGAAGCUACCACACAAAUGUCUUCUGUUUUAAGUAAUGAUAAUAGACCUAAUUGUUUAGUUUUAGAUGAAAUUGAUGGAGCACCAGUAUCAUCAAUUGAAUACCUUGUUAAAUUUGCUACUGAAAAAAAUGUUAAUCGUAAAAAAAAAGCUGAUAAAAAAGAACAAAAAGGUUUUGUAUUAAAAAGACCAAUAAUUUGUAUUUGCAAUGAUAUUUAUGUACCAGCUUUGAAAAAUUUAAGACAAUCUGCUUUAGUAUUAAAUUUUCCUCAAACUUCAUCAAUCAGAUUGGCUGAGAGAUUGUUAGAAAUAUCAAGUUAUGAAAAUAUUAAAACAGAUAUGGGAGCAAUGACAGCACUUAGCACUAAGACAAAUAAUGAUAUAAGAUCAUGUUUGUCAACAUUAUCUUGCUUUAGAAAUCAACAGGUGCGUUUAUCCCAUAUAAAAAAUUCAAAUAUUGGCUCAAAAGAUAUGCAAAAAGGACUUUUUACUGUGUGGCAAGAAAUAUUUCAAAUAAAGAAAAGUUUCUUUGAAAAUAAUUCAACUAGUACGAGUAAUGGUUACUCAAGCAAUAAUAAUGUCAUGAAAGACAGAAUAAACUCUGUUUUACACACUGUUCAAAGUUAUGGUGACUAUGAAAAGCUAAGUCAAGGAGUUUUUGAAAAUUUUUUAGUUCUUAAACACAAAAAUUCAUCAUUAAUAAAUAUUACUGAAGGUUUAGAUUGGUUUUGUAAUUUUGACAACACUAUUAGAGUAAUUAACUCAUUUCAAAAUUAUUCUCUUUUUCCAUACCUGUCAUAUAGUUUUGCUGCUUGGCACUGUUUAUUUGCUACGUUUAAUUGGCCUAAAAUUACUUAUCCAAGUGCAGAAUAUGAAGUGAGUUAAAAAAUGCAACAAUUAAAAAAAAAAAAACAUAAACAAAUUAUGGAUGAAAUAAUGUCUGGUAUUAUCCCAAGGAUUCGAACAUUUCUUCACCGUGAUCAAGUUUUAUUAGAUACUAUGCCAUUAAUUAUGCAUAUUGCUAUUCCAAAUCUUAGAUCUAUAAGUAUCCAAUUAUUUACUCAAAAAGAAAAAGAAGACCUUGAAAAAGUUGUUAAUAUCAUGAUUGAUUAUGGCUUAAACUAUUUCCAAGAAAGAGAUGCUGAUGGAUCUUUUAAUUUUGUACUUACCCCUCGUAUUGAUGAAACGGUCAAAUUUCCUGGUUUAGAAACAUUUCCAAUUCCUAGCUAUGUUUCAAAACAAAUUGUUUCUAGAGAAAUUGAAUUGGAAAAAUUAAGGAAAAGAAUGCCUCCUAUAGAGUUUAUUAAUGCCACUGAAAAUAUUGAUAAAUUUGAUGAUAAUGAAAAGUCUGUUUCUAGUCCAAAAAGUGUUAAAGGUACCCAGAAUAAGCAAAUAACACCAAAUCAUUUACAAAAACUUACACCCAAAGCUGUUGGUCCAACCAGAACUAUUAAAAAGAAAGACUUUUUUGGUCGUGAAAUCGAUUUGCCCGUUGCGCCCAAACACAAAGAAUUUCGAGACGAAAUCGUUAAAAGUGAUGUUUGGUUUCAUUUCAAAGAAGGCUAUAGCAACGCGGUGAGAAAAUUAGUGUUAAUGAAAGAUCUUUAUUGAUUGUUUUGUUUAUUUUACUAACAAUAUAUUUUUUUAUUCAUCUA